AUGGAGAAAAAGCUUUAUUGCAUUUUGCAGUAUGCAUUCCUAAUUACCAUAACCUUCCAAAUGCUUUCUUCUGAAGCCAAAGCCAAACAACCUCUGAGCCUUGCAACUGAUCAAACUGCCCUUCUUUCACUCAAACAUACAUCUCUUUUACUUGCAUCUAAUUGGACCAACUCCACCUCCGUCUGCAGCUGGAUUGGCGUCACUUGCAGCUUGCGCCACCACAGAGUAUCUGCCUUGAAUCUCUCCAACAUGGCUCUCUCCGCCACCAUUCCACUACAGCUCGGCCACCUCUCCUUCCUCGUCUCCCUCGACCUCUCCAACAUGGCUCUCUCCGCCACCAUUCCACUACAGCUCGGCCACCUCUCCUUCCUCGUCUCCCUCGACCUCUCCAACAACCUUUUCUAUGGACAUUUGCCACACCAACUGUCUCUCCUUCGCCGUUUGAAGUUCAUAUCUCUCCGACUCAACAACUUCACCGGAGACAUCCCUCCGAUGUUGGGUCACUUACCAAAAUUAGAGUACUUGUCUUUACGCAACAACAGCUUCAUAGGUUCCAUCCCAAAAUCGCUCUCAAACCUCACAAACCUACAAUUGCUUGACUUAUCUUACAAUUCUCUAAGUGGAGAAAUUCCAAAAGAGUUUGGGAGACUUCAAAGUCUACAAACUCUAUCUGUUCAAUUCAAUCGUCUAUCCGGUGCUAUAUCAUCAGCCAUAUUCAACAUAUCGACCUUGGUGACUAUAGAUUUGACAGGCAUUGAAUUGAGUGGAAGUCUUCCAACAGACAUGUGCCGUUCAAACUCUUACUGUGCUAAGUUUAAACUUAAAUUUUCAUUUUAA